CAUGCCGAGCUAUAUGUCCACUCUCCAUACCCUGGGAGCCCCGCAACUUUGAGACUUGGCUUGACACAAGAAAGCCCUCGCGCUUCGUGAUCAAGUCGAUGCCGUCGGGCAGUAUCCCAUCCUGGAAUGCAGGGGCACUGAUGUUGGGGGUACGGAGUGGCUCAGCAGAUCGAAGUAUAAAGGAAGUAGGCCUAUGUUCGUCUAUUCCCUUCACGAGAACGACUGCCGAAUGGUUCUGCGUGUUGGACUACAGACCUCGGGCUCUGUUCCAUUUCGUGGUGCUCGUGACACCUGUAAAGAGAACAGGCCUCCAUGGAAGGUACCAUAACCAAGUAUACCCCGGUAGCGUGUGCGCGGCAGCAAGGAAUUUUCUUGGUAGAAGGCGGUCACACUUAACCAUUAGUUGGGCGCGAAGAUCACGUACAAUCACACUUAUACUCACUCACGGCGUGGAGAGAUAAUGGUGGUUGAGGGCAUGAUGGCCGAUGCAGGGUUAUAUAAUCUC